AUUGGUGUUGGUAUCGCUGAAAACAAGUCAGGUUUGAAAUCAUAUGUCGCAGCUUUGUUUAGUCCUAGAGGAAAUAUCAAGAACAAAGUCACAGAGAAUGUUUUACCAGUUACAGGUAAGGGGUAACCUCUCUAAUAUACACACCUCUCUAAUACAGACACCUCGCUAAUACAGACCCCUCUCUGAUACAGACACCUCUCUAAUACAAACCCCUCUCCACCUCUCUAAUACGGAUAGUUCUCUAAUACAGGCACCUCUCUAAUACAGACCCCUCUCUAAUACACACUCCUCUCUAAUACACACUCCUCUCUAAUACAGACUCCUCUCUAAUACAGACUCCUCUCUAAUACAGACUCCUCUCUAAUACAGACUCCUCUCUAAUACAGACUCCUCUCUAAUACAGACAUCUCUCUAAUACAGACUCCUCUAACACAGACGCCUCUUUGACAAAGACAUCUCUCAGUUAAUACAGACAGCUCUCUAAUGCGACCCUGGGGAAGAUAAGUCUUUGGACUUACGCGGUAUAUUGACUACGCUAUUGUAUUGCAUUGAAUUAAAUUGUAUUGUAAUAUGGACAACCCUCAGAAAAGUACGGACAUUUUCCUACGUCCAAUCCACUGCACAAUCCUUUGUAUGGACAAAACCCAUCACACAAAUAAUAUGACCAUCAUCAAAUGAACAUCGUCUGCCGAUGGUGUUUUAAUGAAAACAAUCAAUCUAUAACAUUUUGCUCUUCCUACUUUUUAAAAUUGUUCAUUCUUCUAGGUACUGGAGCAGGAAAGCGUGGCGCAGGUAAAGAGAUCAAAUGCAUUUGUAGAAAGUAUGACACUUGAUUUUACAAAUAACUCUUGUUGUUAUACAUUACAGAUUCAUGUCCUACAGGCUGGCAUAAAUUCAAGAAGAGUUGUUACAGGUAAAAGAAUAAUUAUCGAUUCUUAAUAAGUUCUUAAUAGACAAAGAAUUUGUGCAUGGUGAGGCACAGUUCAACAUCAAUUAAAGCUCUUCUAUUUUGUGGCUUUGAAGUUUGCCUUCCAGACAUGAUAGUCUUGACAGACUAUGAACCAAGCAUCCGACCACCAACUAAUUAUACUGUUGUAUAUUUCAGAUUUUUCAACAACGACGUGAAAUGGGCAGAAGCAGUGAAUUUAUGCGAUGAUGAACACAGUUCCCUCGCAUCACUCGGGAGUCCGGAGGAGGAAACCUCGGUACGAAGUAUGCUUGCCAAAGACGAGGGGACAGAGGCCUGGAUCGGGCUUAGUGAUCGCGUCCAUCUAGACAACAAGGACCUGAUCUGGGUCGAUGGCAACCCGAUGCCAUAUUCUAAUUGGAACUCGUAUCAAGAUGACGUCAUCGAGGGUAGGAAAUGCGCCACGUUGUCAAUAGCAACGGAAGGAUGGAUGUAUAAAGCUUGUCAAGAAACGUUUGGAUUUAUUUGUAAGAAAAGGCUAAAAGGUGAACAGAAUUUUGGGCGUCUCACUCGAUAGAACUAAGUUUUAAAAAAGUUUUAAAAAAGAAAAAAAAGUUUAAAAAGUUAGAUUUUCAAAAAAAGUUUAAAAAGUUAGGGUUAGGGGUUAGGGUUGGGGGUUAGAUGCAGCGAAUUUAUCAUUAUGAUAAAUUCAAAAUGUACCGCAAAAAUUCAAAAUGUCAUGCUGUGAAUUUUAGAACUGACUUCUACUCACUGGUGAAGCAAAAAAAAUUUUCUCGCCAAGACUAAUUUAUCUUUAAUGCGCAUGCACCUAAUUCAUUUCGCGCGAAUUUUUUUGAAUUUCGCCGAAGAAAGCGCCCGUGGAAUCAGGCCUUUAGAGUAGCAGUUGCUAAAAUUGCAACUACAGCCCUCUGCCAGGAAUUUUGUAUAUUUUCAUCAACAUGCAGUUCGAGCUGGACAACUGGACUCUGUAUUUCUGUUGGAGCGCUGCAUGAUCCGGCAACUCCUACUGGUUACGCUAUACAGCUCAAUCACUUCUUAUAAUUACUUUCUACAGAUAUCAUGACAUAUUUGGUAGUAUUGAGUUAUCCUGAGAAGCUGUGGUCGGAUAACUUAAGAACGGAAGUCAGUCCACGUUACAUGACUAUGAAGAAACAUCUUGAUCACGCGGUAAGAAUCCGGCAACAUUUGUGAGCAAGUGUGGGUCAAACCAAGACGAGAGUUGCAACUCUUGCCCCUUGGCAAUUCUCAUCAACUUUAAGUUUAUCUAUAUUCUCAUCAAUUUUAAGCUUCAAAUUAAGACGAGAGUUCAUGGGCGUUUUUGCUGGUUUCACGCACUUUGAGCGGUCCAGGAAACUCUCAUCAACUCUCAUGUACCUACUCUCAUCAGCUUUGAUAGUUUUUCUGAUCUAUAUGUUAACUUUUCUAGAUAAUGAAUUUGUAUGACGACGAUGACUGGUUUGUAGAUAUGUUGUUUGAUGGCUUCAGGUAUUUCGCAAACUUUUGCUUCAUUUCUUCAUUACCUCAUCUUUGUCUUAGGGUUGGCAAAUAUUUCGUGCCCUAGGAGUGUAGCCAGCCCCAAAUAUUUCAUGUCAUAGAUGAAAACAUUAAGAGUUCACGCCCCCCCCCCCCCACGUUUCUCCUCAGUUUUGGAAAAAUUACAAAAUUGGUUCUGAAGAAAAGUGGGGGGCGACCUCCCAUUCCCCUCAAGGCUACAACCCUGUCGUGCCCGCCCCUAUUCUGUGGUAGGUAACCGGCUCUACUAAUGUCUCCCCAUUAUAUUUGGUUCAGUCAAUCACCAGAUGACAAAGUGAUCGCGGAGUUCAAGUUAAGAUUCUCACCGGAUGGGGACGCUCCCUCAGACCCUCUGGAGAAACUUCGCACAAAACUUGAGUCAGAUGGUCUCGUUCAAGGAGAGAAGAUAUUUUUACAACAUGUCUCACUACAAAAUGGUGAGUGAAAGUAAGUAGACAAUAUUUUUAUUUUUAUCAAUAUAUUCCACCUUUGCAAGGGACGUCGAUCUACAAACAAGUUGUAACAAGGAUGUUGUCAAGCCGACAUCAGGAUGUGUUCGCACUGCUAGUACCCAGUUGUGGUGACAAGUCUGGAACAAGUUGUUAUCACCUUAUUACUGAUUUGCUACAAGUUGUUCCAACAAGACUAAUACAAGUUGUUCAUAACAAGUUGCUACGAACUUGUUGUCAUCAACUUGUUAACAACUUCUUAGACUUGUUGGAACAACUUGUUGCGAGUCUGUUGGCCUCAUCAACCUUGUUAAACACAGAUGAGAUAGUUUCCUCAAACAUUUCUUACAAAUCCUUCAAAACUUAGGAUUUACCUUUGCAAAAUUCCUACUGUGAUCACAGAAACUUUGAUAGUGUCAACCAGGCUUUAGGAUGGUUUUAACUCGUUGUAAACAAUUCCUAUUUAUAGGUGAUCCCGACUCCUGUCCAUCAAAUUGUUUAAAUACAAGAAUCUCGUGUUCGUCUCCCAAUUGUCCUGUCUACUGUUGUAAUACUUUUCCAACAAAACGAAAAUACGCCAUACCACCUCAACAUCUUAUUAAACAUAUCCCUCGCUUGCCAUGGAGUAAUCCUUUCUUUGGACAGACUAAACAAGGCGCUAACAUUGGGAACUUGAAAUGGGGCCAAAGUAAUCAAAAUUCAAUGUACAGACCAAAUGGUUAUGGUUUGGGAACAUCAAAUUAUUUUGGAAAAGUCGUUGCUGGAAAAACAGCUUAUCUUCACAAAGGAAGCUUCUCUCCCCUGGACUAUCAACACAAGAUUGCUAUGCAUGAACCAGCGUACCAAGAAUUGCAAGAUGAAAUGAAUAAAUUUCAGUAUGGAAACGUUCAAAGACAACCAGGUUACAAUAACCAACAUAUUACACAACCAAAAGUCAACUAUAGACAACACAAUUCUCAACAGUGGUUGCGUUUAAAACAACAACAACGACCACAACAACAACAACAAUUGCAAACUAUGCUGCAAAAACAACAACAACAAGCUAUGCAAAAACAACAACAAUUGCAACAGCAAAGACAACAACAACAAUCAACAACAACAACAAUUGCAAACUAA